AGGUUAACCAUUUGUUGUAUAUUUUUCUAGAUGUUUUGCAGUUUUGAUCAUAGAAAAUUAAAAAAAAAAGGUUUUGUACUUGAACUUCAUCAGUCUCUUUGUAUUACAAAGUUAACCUACCUGCCGUUCCUUCUUGGCUGCUGUGUAAAACUAACUGAAUACUGUACACAAGUCAAAACUCUCUCAGGGCCAAAACGAACAAAUUCACCUAAAAUCAGACCUACGAAUCAAAAUGCUGCAUCCGUCUUGAUGAAUCCAAUUGGUUUUCCUGUCAGUCACAAUAGAGAAGCCUUCACAUUAAUGCUUUCAUCAUUUCGUGCGACCUGACAGGAGAGAGGGUUUGGUUUGUUGCAUGUGCUGAUCCGCCUCGAGCAUUUCAGGCUGUUUUUGGUUCCGUCAGCGUUUAUACCCAAAAACUGAGCUGUGAAGCCAAACAACAGCCUUCCAGUCUUUUGUGACAGUAUCUGGCAGGAAACUUGAGCCGUUUGCUUCCUGAUUUUGCAGAUGUAAAUACUGACAUAUGGGGAAAUCAUUUUCAAACUAGGGAAGUGAUACAGAAAAUGUCUGCAUCAGUGGGUUCAUCCUUUUCUGUCAUGCCAGGGACGAAGAAGAAGGGAAGACAGUCCAGCUGUAAACAACACCGAGACUCGUCAGGCACCGCCCUGAGAUUUAAAGGGACCUGUCUGAACGGCUUUAGGACUGGUCGCCAUUAAAUGUGGUAACCUUCCCCACGUGGAUGAAUUGAACUCAACAUGAACAUCCUGGCGUUUAUCGUGUUCGUCCCUCUGCCGGUGCAUCGAAGCUUCCCCCUCUCCGGACCCCGCUGUCACAUCCGUGAGAAGUCUUUGUGGGACUGCUCGAGGCAAAACCUGAGCAAAAUCCCCGCAGCCCCCUCGGAGCACGUCGCCGGACUGGACGUCUCGCGCAACAGACUGGAGACGAUAGCGAAAGAGGAUUUCCUCGCGUAUGCCAGCUUAAGGUCUUUGACCGUGGCCAAUAACAAAAUCGAAACGAUCCAGGAGCAAGCGUUUGUCCCGCUGGCCAAUUUGGAGAAGUUGGAUCUGUCCGUGAACAGCUUGGCUACGUUGUCUGCAGGGUGGUUUAAGAACCUGUUGUCCCUUCGCUACUUGAAUCUUUGGGGAAACAAAUACGAGACAUUGGGUGAGGGCAAUCUAUUCCAGCCGCUGGACAAAUUGAAGACCCUUCACUUCGGAGGACCCCACCUCGUGUCUGUCGGACGGUCGGACUUCUCCGGGCUCAGUGGUCUUCGUGAGCUGUUUUUUGACGGGACAAACCUACAAAACUACGCAGAGGGCAGUUUGAGACACGUUGGGCCCGUGAGCCACGUGACACUGGCCCUUAAUGGUCCAUGUGAGAGGGACCAAGCACUCGUGGAGGUUGUCCUGUCGGACGCCGUGCGCCCAAACACGACGCUGACCGUCACCGACACGCUGCUCUACACCAAGUCUCAAGCGCUUCCGUUUAAAGUGGCCUACGACGGCGGCGCAACAGGUUUCAUUUUUAAAAAGGUGACCAUGACGUCCGCAGCGUGUAUGGCCUUUCUACAUUUGCUGCCGGGCUCUGGUAUAACUACAUUGACACUUGAAGAUUCAAGAUUCCUCUUGUACCCUCUGGGCGGCAUUGCGCCGGCCCCGGACACGGGCCCUUUGGAGGCGUUGGUCCUCAAGAACGUGGACGUUCCUCAGUUCUACAAUUUCCCGGCCCUCUACUUCCUGUCCCCGCUGCUGCGGGCGGUGCGACGUGCGUCCGUGGUGAACUGCAAGGUGUACGCCAUUCCCUGCGAGUCCUCCGCUGACCUGUCGGGGCUGGAGUAUUUGGAUAUCAGUGACAACUCUUUCAGCGAUAUCGCGCUGAGCCAAAUGAUGUGUGGCGGCAAAGGCGUCCUCCCGCGUCUGCGGACCCUCAACGUCAGCAGGAACCACCUGCGGUCAAUCAACAGCCGGAUCUUCGCCGAACUCGGGCGGCUCACGAGCAUCGACUUGAGUGGAAACGCGUUUGGGGACAUGCCUGAGACGUGCGACUGGCCGCCGAGUCUCAGAUUCUUAAACCUCUCAGCAACACAUUUGACGAGGGCGACCGCCUGUCUGCCGGGGAGUUUGCACAUCCUCGAUCUGUCGGACAAUGAAUUAACGGUGUUCCACAUCGGCCUGCCCGUCCUCACCGAGUUAUACAUCUCCGGCAACAAGAUCAGUAUGUUGCCCGAUGGCGGUUUAUACCCUCGUCUCGUGUCCAUCUCCAUUCAAAGCAACAACCUGCAGACGUUCAGCCGUCGCAGUCUCAGUGAUUACGUCGCUCUGCGGCGUCUGGAGGCUGCGGCUGAAACGUUCGUCUGCUCGUGUGACUUUGUCGCGUUCAUGGCGAGCGACUGGGCGAAGCGCCGAGUGCGACUCGGAGACGAGGUCAAGUCGUACGUCUGCGAGUCCCCGGACGCCGCGAGGGGAACGAGCGUGGCCGACGUGAGGCUGUCGGCGUUCCAGUGCCACGCCGUUCUAUCUCUUUCUCUACUCUGCUCGGGCGUCGCGGCAGCGCUCCUGCUCACCGCAGGUCUGUGUCACAGGUUCAGCGUUGUGUGGUACGCGGAGAUGACCUGGGCCUGGCUGAGCGCAAAGAGGAAGCCAAAGUUGAGAAGGGGAGAGCUCGAGUAUGACGCCUUUGUGUCCUUCAGUGAGAUGGACUCCGGCUGGGUGGAAGCGCACCUGGUCCCGGAGCUCGAGCAGUCCGAGCCCCCUCUCCGACUCUGCCUCCACAAGAGGGAUUUUGUGCCGGGGGCAUGGAUCCUGGACAACAUCAUGGGCGCCAUCGAGAGGAGUCACAAGACGCUCUUCGUCCUUUCUCAGCAUUUCGUCCGGAGCGAAUGGUGCAAGUACGAGCUGGACUACACCCAUUUUCGGCUGUUCGACCAAAACGACGACACGGUCGUGCUGAUUCUCUUGGAGCCCAUCGACAAAAGGGCCGUCCCCAAAAAGUUCUGUAGGCUGCGGAGAGUCAUGCACUCCAGGACGUACCUGGAGUGGCCCGAUGAUGACAGCCAGAUUGCCGGGUUCUGGCAGAGUUUGAGAGCAGCUAUUAAAAGACCUGUGACUGAUGGGAGUUAAGGAGUUCUGAAUUUCAGUUUCUUAUUUCUAUACAGUAUUUAACUUCUGGAAGAAUGUCACUGUAAAAGUCUGAGAAUGGAUUGCCUCAUUAAAUUGUGUGUGUGGUCA